AUGGCUUCGGUGACUUCCCUUGGGGUUCACCAGCCCACUGGCCUGGCCUAUGCAAUUGAGGAGCAGAUCCUCCCAUCCGAUCCAUCGCCGUCCUCUUAUACCUGGGAAAUCGACGUUGGUGUUGGUGUCGAUGUUGACGGUCGGAACGAAGAAGUCUAUGAGGACGAGCUAUUGACAACCAAAACAUGCGUCAUCUGGUCCCGAGGCGGGGUCUUUCGCAAGGCCUUCAAGUUCGAUCUCGAGAAAGAGCCCAUCACUCAGGCGCUGCUGACAUACUUCCCAACCUCGGACGAGAACCCGAUUAAUAGCCCCAAUACUCGCGAUGCCUCCCACGAUAGGAAGAGUGGGAUGGAUGGGAAGAACACAGAGGUCCCCAGUGACCGCCACCUGCUCUCCAGGGCAUUGGUAGUGUUCCUGAAGACCCAAGCCCACAUCUAUUUCCUCUCGGGAACCAACCAUAUCGUGCACAUGCCAUUUGAGGUUGAGGCUGCCUGUGCUGCCCCCUGUGGUGUUCUCAUACAGCGCAAGUCGAAAACGGACAACAUGUCGGCCGUCUCCCUCAAGUUCCCCCGAGUUCCUCCCAAUUCCUUUGUCUCGUCACAGCCCUCGCUGUUCUCCCAGCCUGGCUCCCAGAUCGGGACAUUUUCGACGGAAGGGCUGGGCAAGCCCAGGACCUUGCCGCUGAGGCUGACUUCCACUCUCGAGAAUAUGUGGCAGGCACCACUUGAGUCGACUGAUUCCCACUGGCCGCGAAUAGUGUGCUUGACGGAUCCGCUACUGGAGCUUGGAUUGGUCGUUACACAGCCUGACAAACUGAACGUCGCUGGCCGGCGGAAAAGCUCUGCGAGGUCGCCAUUCCUCGACCCGGCCGAGGAAAUACUCCAUAUUGAAUCCAUCAAGCUGCCUCCACGAAGCAAGAAGGGGGAGGAAGAUGGUCUAAUACUGGCCGUGACUGUCAACCGAGAGACGAGCAUGUACAGUGUCUGGAGAAUGGCCUAUCUUCCUAGAGAAGACAUCUUCACUGCGAGGCAGAAGGAUGCCAAGCGUCGGGCUGCUCGGCGACGGAGCUCAAUGCCCCCUGGACUCGCCAGCGGUGCCCCCACGCAGCCGAGUUUCAGGGAGAGCUUUGGGGCGCCUCUGCCCGGGAAGAGGCAGAGGAAGAAUGACAAGGCAGACAAGCCCUUGGACACGGCUCUAAGCUCGUUGGACCCCGAGAAGGGAGGCGAGGUCACUCGUCGGCAAUCCCGUAGGGUCAGCUCCCUUCUUGCGAGAGCCGAUUUAUCCGCCUCCCAGGACAGGUCAACUUUCGUCGAUCAGCCGGCGAUAUCGGCCCACGGGCGAAGAGUCGACUCUCAAAGUAGCCAACGUGGUCGUCCCAGUGGCGGCUACGGAGGAAACUUUGGUGGCGCCUUCAACCACAGCCUUAACAGCCUAGCCGAGGCCCCCGUGGACACGCUGUUGGGCGAGCUCCGCGCAGGAGGGGAUUUUGAGGGCUUUCACAGCAUGGACUUGGAUGAUCAUGACUUUGAUGGCCUCGCCCACGAGAUUCUCCUGACCAAAAUACACAGUGUUGCCAUGGACAACACGAAUGUCAGGUACUCGAUGUCCAAUAAGCCUGCCAGAGAGCAGUGCAAGGUCUUUGUCAUGCUCGGAGGCCCAUGUGCGACAGACGAGCAGGGAAGAAGUCAGCUUCUCGUCGGGAUCCAAGACCCUCUAGACAAGAGACUCCAGCUGCUCACCUUUACCGUCGAGACCAGUAAACAAGGCGAUCCCCCGGCCCGCCCUAGCACUCGAAAAGCGAAACCCGAUCGCCUUGCUGUCAGUUGGGGUGAGCUGAGGAGGGCACAGAGCGUGGUUGAUUCCUGCAAGAUUGUUGACGGUAAUGGGUCGAUGAUACUCAUCCUAUCGGAAGACAAGAGCGGCCAGCGGGAACUCAGCCUCCAAGCACCUUGGAGCCCCCUGACGACAAUAGUACUGCCGCUACUGUUCAACGACAACAUUGACAGCCUCGAUUACUCUGGCAGACACGUCAACAAGGAAGCUAAGAGUCGAAGGUCGAUUGGGGUCGGAAUUCCCGGCGCUCAGAUCAAGGCGCUCUUGCAUCCCAAGACCGGCGGUGUUGUCGAUGUCCUUGACCGAGAGGAGAGGUCCCAUAGGAUCAGGAUCCAGCUCCGGCCAAGGUCUUUGCAGGCCAAGAUGGUACUGGAUGUCUGCCGGAGCAUACUGCCAGCCGCAUUUGGAGAGAAGAUGGUCGCCGGCUGGUGGCAUGUCAUGCAGUGGCGGAAAGGGGCCGAGCCCGCCGCCACCUCUUUGGAGUGGUCAUCUAUCGUGAUCUUGCUAUUUGCGAGUUUCCUGUCACUUGGGGAUCCCCAGAAAUUAGUCCCGGUCGCCAACCCGGUGCCCGAUACCACUCAUACGACCCCGUCCAGCAACUGGGCAGCCAUGCAGGCCCAUGAGACUCCAAACUCGGCAGCAAGCCCGGUGUGGGUGCGCACCAAGGGUUGGCAAUGGGCGCUCGACGAAGGUCUGCUUGAGCCGAGAGUCGCCCCGGGCGACCCGAGCGUCAGCGGUAAUGAUUUCAUCUCGGUCCACGUCAAGCUUGCGCAGCAAUUCCUCGCUUCCCCUCCCGGCCAGUCGGCCCUAGGGCUUCAAGGAACCCUUGCCACGGCGGCUGGCAGGUCUCCAGGGGAGCAGAGAAGUGCAGCCUGGAGCAUUAUGCUGGCACUCCACCUCCAUCUUGAAGAGCAGAAGCUUAAUAUCAUGUCCUCGGAAGACUUGUCUCCCGGCCAGCCCGACUUGCGGACCAUUCUUUCUCAGAUUGCCCGGUGGCUGGGGUGGAGGGAGUAUGCGGCGCUGUAUGAUCUCGGCCUCCAGGCAGAGCUACCUCCCACCCAGUUCGGUAAGAUAUCAGCGUCAGCCCCUCCUCUCCCGGAGCCACCUGUCAAGUAUUGUAUUUACAACUGGAUUCAGGCUCAGCUCACCACGGAACAAGGCAGCGACUUCAUGACCUUAGCAGAGGUGUAUGAGGCAGCAACGGGUAUCACGACUGAAAACAAUCCACGGUCGCAUGUGUGGGACUCUAUUACUCCACGGACGCUCAUGUUUGCGAAGCUGUUCAAGAGUCUUACUCCGGCAAGCACCCACCGCGAAAUCGUGGAAGCCAUAUACGAGUGCGGCUUCACGCCUCGCAUCCUCGAGUCGCUUCCCGAGGCUGUCCUCACCCCGCUGCAAGAUGCCGUGUUCAUGUGCCAGCCGAAUCCGCCUUCGACGUGGCCGGAACAUCUCCUGAAGCUUGUCAACCGAACCGAUAUAAGCUCAAUUCUUGAGCCCAGCAAUCGUGUGAAGACGGUGAACGUUCUUACCCCGACGCACCAGGCCACGUGGGAUUUCCGCGUACUGUGCCAGACCGUGGACGAUUAUACCAGCACGGGAUUUGAUGAGAGCGGAGGAACAGCACGGCAGGCUGUCAUCCUGGCGCUGUUCAAGGAUGACCGGAGACUCAGCGAGGCACAGAACCUAUUGGGAACUCACAAGUCACGUAUUGUGCGGUUAAAUGCACAGCCGGGCUGGUCAGAGUCCGAGUAUUUGGAGAAGCAGAAGGAGCUGGCAGUAACAAUGGCUACGAGCACGCUUGCAAUCCCGCCUGGCCGUGGCUUGCUAUACUACGGCCUCAAGUUCCCACUGCUGACGCAGAAGUUCCACAUUGGAGGGUUCAACUUGACAUGCAUUGUCAAGCCGACGAAUGUGACGGUCGGCGUCGACAAGUCGCUCUGCACCGAGGAGAAGAUCAACUGGGCCUUCUUCCACCAGGGAGUCGCGGGCGGGCUGGCCAUCUCCCCACAUGCCAAGGGCAUCGAUACGUCGUGGAUUCUGUACAACAAGCCUGGACAGGAUCUAAGUCACCGGCAUGCGGGCUUUCUUCUCGCCCUGGGCUUGAACGGCCAUCUGAAGUCUGUUGCUAAGUGGGUUGCUUUCAAGUAUCUCACACCGAAGCACACCAUGACCUCCAUCGGGCUGCUUUUGGGCUUGGCAGCCUCGUAUAUCGGCACCAUGGACUCGUUGAUCACGCGCCUGCUUUCUGUCCACGUCACCCGAAUGCUCCCCAGGGGCGCCGCGGAGCUCAACCUCUCCAAGCAUACCCAGACAACGGGCAUCAUGGGGAUCGGUCUGGUCUACUGCAACAGUCAGCACCGGCGCAUGAGCGAGAUUAUGAUGUCGGAAAUCGAUCAUGUCGAUGACGAGGAGGAGGAGGACCCCCUGCGCGACGAGGGCUACAGGCUGGCUUCCGGCUUCGCCCUGGGCUUCAUCAACCUCGGCAAGGGAACAGACCUAAAGGGCCUACACGACAUGCGGCUAACCGAGAAGCUACUCACCAUCGCCACCUCGACUAAGAAGGUCGAGCUCGUCCACGUCCUCGAUAGAUCCGCGGCGGGGGCAGUGGUGGCGAUUGCCCUGAUCUUCAUGAAGUCAGAAGACCACAUCGUUGCCCGCAAGGUCGACGUGCCGGAUUCGAUACAGCAGUUCGACUACGUCCGGCCGGACAUCCUCCUGCUGAGGACGGUGGCAAAGAACCUAGUCUUGUGGAGCAUGAUCGAGCCCGAGUUUGGAUGGAUCAGAGAUAAUCUCCCGCGCGAGUACCGUUGGCGCCAUCGUCUCAAGAACGUGGCUAAGCUCGAGAGCAAGGACUUGGCUUUCUUCUCCAUCCUUGCCGGCCUCUGCUUUGCCAUCGCCCUCCGCUUUGCCGGAUCGGCCAACAUCAAAGUCCGGGACCUGCUAGUCCACUACCUCGACGAGUUCAUGCGACUAGCUCGGCUGCCAUCCAGCAAUUUCGACGUCGAGAUGGCGAGGAGCAACGUGCGCAUGUGUAUGGACCUGCUGGCGCUCUCCUGCGCCACCGUGAUGGCAGGGACGGGCGACCUGGUCGUCCUCCGGAGGCUUCGGGCUCUGCACGGCCGCGACGAUGCGACCACUACGUACGGCAGCCAUUUCGCGGCCCACAUAGCCAUCGGGGCCCUCUUUCUCGGCUGUGGCACCAUGACCUUUGGGACGAGCAACCUGGCCAUCGCGUCGCUCCUCGUCGCCUUCUAUCCCAUCUUCCCCGCAAGCAUCCAGGACAACCGCUCGCACCUGCAGGCGUUCCGGCACUUCUGGGUGCUCGCCACCGACCCGCGCUGCCUCGUCACCAAGGACUUCGCCACCGGCGAGCCCAUCAGCGUGCCCAUCCUAAUCCGCCUCAAGCCCGACUCCCCGUCGGCGACCAGCAGCAGCAGCAGCGUGCUCCGCCGGCAGACCCCCUGCCUCCUCCCGCCGCUCGAGGACGUGGCAUCGGUGCGCACCGACGCCUCGGCGCAGGGCUACUGGGACCUGGACAUGGACUUUGCGCGUAGGCCCGGGCUCGUCGACGCGUUCCGCACGAACCAGUCGCUGCUCCUCCGCCGCAGGCCCGCGCACGAUAGCCCCUUCCAGGCGACGCUGCGGGCCCUCGGCCGCCCCAUCUCCGCUGACGCCGAGGGAGGAGGCGGCCGCGGCCGCCAUGAUGACCCGCUCGAGUGGGUGUUCCGGCUGCCGGCGCUGGCGGGCCUGGCGCAUGCCGAGAGGGCGCUUGUACUGGAUCGGCUGCUUGUACUUGAGGAUGGGUUGGGGGGUUGGUCCAGGGAUAGGUUGCUCGGGCUUAGGUUGCUGUUUGAGUGGGCUGAUACGCGGGCCUUGCGGCUGAGAGGGGGGACUGAAGGUGGGGCGGUCAAGGGGGGAAGUCGAAAGGGGAAGGGGAAGAAGAGGGUUGAGGUUGGGGUUGAGGAGGGCGAGGAGACGAGGGGAGUCGGAGCCGAGAUGGAGGUUGCUUCUGUGGGGGAGAGUAGGUGGUGGAUGCGGGAUAGCGUUAUCGAGAUGCUGAAGGGGAGGGCGUGGCUUGCCGGGAGGGAUGAGUAG